AAUAGAAAACUUGCAGAUGCUUAUUAACGCCCAUUGCUGAAAUCGUUGCUCGUGGUAGAGUUAUCACAUGAAGGCUUAGAAGAGUUCUUUGCUAUGUACAUUUACCACAUUUAUAUAUGAGGACUGCCUAGACGGUGACGGAAAACGCGUUGAAGCAUUCUACAGGUUAGGCUACAUGAUAAAAGAUUCACCUUAAGGAACCAUCUGCUUCGUGACUGGUAAAUAAGGAGAAACCACCUCUGCAUGAAGCUCCACACAUCCCAUGUGAGGGGAUAGGAUGGAAACAACCUUCUACCCUGACGAUGUGCUGAAUAAUACUCGAGGAAUUUCAAGCAUCUACUCUCAAGACAGCAUGAUGAAGAAGGAUAUCAACUCCGAAGAUCAAGGCAGUGCCAACCUUAAGCAGGAUCUGCCCGAUACCGAGGGCAUUCUGAAUACUCCGGACCUGCUGAAACUGGCGUCGCCGGAGUUGGAGCGACUGAUUAUACAAUCUAACGGUAUGGUCACGACGACACCGACCUCACAGUUUGUCUACCCGAAGUCUGUGAGCGAUGAACAGGAAUUUGCCGAGGGCUUCGUGAAAGCUCUGGAAGACCUCCACAAGCAGAAUCAAUUAAACGGGGGACCGUGCUUGCCUCCCGUGAGCCGACUCAGUGCCAACACAACCUUAGCCCUACAGACUGAUCUACCGGUGUACACGAACUUAAACACCUAUGGAAAUAGCCCGCUGGGCACUACAGUGAAUUAUUCCACGGACACCAUUCCCUUCCCUCCGCCGCCUUCGCAUCCCCUGAGCGCGCAGCAACAAGCGCAGACAAGACUCCAGUCACUCAAGGACGAGCCUCAGACUGUGCCGGACAUUCACAGCUUUGGCGACAGUCCACCCCUUUCGCCCAUCGACAUGGACUCACAGGAGCGCAUCAAAGCCGAGAGGAAAAGGCUUCGUAACAGAAUAGCCGCUUCAAAGUGCCGUAAGAGGAAGCUGGAGAGGAUAUCCAGGCUAGAGGACAAGGUGAAAUCCCUGAAAACCCAGAACACCGAGCUUGCGUCGACAGCGAGUGUACUUAGGGAGCAAGUGGCCCAGCUGAAACAAAGGGUCAUGAACCAUGUGAACAAUGGCUGUCAGCUACUUCCAAAUCAAGUUCAAGCGUACUGAGGGAGAGGAAGGCCACUUCACUUACCAAGACACUCUGGAGUUCUCAACGAACCAAAACUCUGAAUGACGUCGUUAAAUGCCUUUUCUUUCUCUUGCUACAGCCUACACAUCAUUUUAGACGAUUGGCAGAGGAAUAUAAAGAACUGGACACUUCAUUCGUGGUGCUUAUGUAAAUGAUGGAAAAUCUAUGUUUACAGAGCUUUUGUAGCAUACAGAUAUUCUAUCUCAUCUUCUAUGUUAGGAGGGAGCAAUCACCAGUCCAUUAACAGUAAUCUUUUAUGUCUUUGAGUCCAAUGGCGUGAAUAAGCUAUGAGCAGCUACAUUUUGCAUGAAAAGACAAACUCACUGAGUGCAACUCCAACACAAGGAUGCCAUGCAUGUCGUCCCAGUGUAAUGCCUUACUUGUCUUCAAGAACUUAACCAAUGACAAAUGUGUAUUUUAUAUAUAUAUAUAUAUAUAGGCUAUAUUCAAUUAUUCACACUAUGUCUUAUUUCUUUGAUGUACCGAUGUGACUUCUGUGUUCUGUCCAAAGUGUUUUAUGUCUGAGUAUUCAAACUCAAGUGUUAUUUUUUAAUUCACGUUAAUGGCAUAUAAGAAAUGAAUACAUUUCUAAUGAGAUAUUGUGUACUAUAGGUUCAUUAAACAUCCUGAACAUCUCA